AUGGAGGCACUGACGAGUGCGGAGCCGGCUCCGCAACAGCUCGUCGAGAACGCCUUGCAAAAAUCAGUGGUCCCAGUGGAGCGGCCGCUGUCGCUCUUCGAACGAGUGAUCACCACCAAUGCUCCCAUCCUCGAGUCUCUCCUCCUCCAAAUCCCGACCGACACCAUCCUCAAGCUCUACCACACCUCACAUUAUCUUCGCACGUUCCUUCGAUCGUACCCGACCGCAUGGAAGUCCCUCUCAUUCCGCUUGCUCUACCCCUCGGGCACCCUCCCAUCGACCCGGAUCAUCAUCCCGGGCAUGUCGGAUCCGGAGACCCAACGACAGUCACGACCCUAUUCCCUAGAUCAACUACUGAUGAACGUGGUGAUCCCCUUCAGCGGGUGCCUCAAGAGCCUGGAACUGGACAACACGGCCGUCUCCGGCCAGAUUCUGAUUUCAACCGUCUUGCAUGCGCGCCGGGAGAGUUUGGAGCACCUGUCCGUUCGGGGCUGCAAGAAUGUAUCGCUCAAGUACCACAUCAUUCCAUACCUUACCAUGUUUGGGCUGCAGUAUGACGUGGACAUGGAGAAGAACAUUGGAAGUUCCCCGGCGACUCAGCGGCUCGCGCUGAAGAGUCUCUAUGCGUAUCGAUGCCGUCACCACCGCCGUCGGCCGUAUCUCUCAGCGUCGCUCCUGCGCAAGGAUUCCGACUCAGAACCAACACAUGAGUUAGUCAACCUCUGUCACAAGCUGGGAAUCUGGACCGACACUGCCUGGUGCACCACGCCCGCUGGAAGAUGCUUCCGUAGACGCGGGUAUGUUUCCAUGCGAGUUCCGCAGGGUUCCCCGGAAGUGUGGGUGGUAUUCGAUCGACUCUGGAGAUCCAAGAACUGGAUCGGCCCAGUUGACUCUCGAGCAGACAGGCCACGGGUACCGGAUGGGAAACUCUGGGAAACAUGCGAUACUGGAUGUUAUGGCGAAGCACUGGGGACCGGCGAGGGACCCGGGCUCGGUGAAGGUAAGAUGAGACCGACGCAUCUGCGUCAGAGUCAUCUGCAAUUCGUCGAGAGUGUCAAGUGCGACGGCUGCGAUGACGAUAUCUCGGAACGGUGCGAGCAGUGUAGUAUUCUGAUGCACUGUGUUGGAUGCCGAAGGACACUCUGUGCGAGCUGUGCCUACGAACGACCUUAUCUUCAUCGAGGGAGUGUAUCUCCAAACACAGAAGACGGCAAUAGGCAUCGUGAAGGAAACAACGCGGCUUCUUUGUGGUGGGCACCCGGCGCAACAAUGUCACCCAGUUCCAUGCAAGAUCCUAUUGCCAACCCAGUGGACAACAAUGCAUUGCAUGGGGCGGCAUCACCCUCACACCCCGCUCUCAAGUUUCACUGGUGCUGCACGGAGCCUAUCUUCUCCGGAGGAGGUGGCAUCAGUAUCGGCACUCCAAGUCGAGAUGUAGAUCAAGUGCGCGCUGUUCCUUUGCCCCGGGGGAAAGGCUGGGAAGACCUCGAGUACACCGUCAGCGAGUGGAGCAAGACCUUUCCGAAGUAUGCCUACGGCGAUCCAAACAAGCCGGACUACUCGCUGGAAACCGGGCAUCUCGCGAUGAUGAAAUGGUUGCUUGGACCACCCAACCGACAAGUUUCCCCGUGCCCACGCAAUCUGUGUCAGGAGUGCUACGAUUCGCCCCAGUGGAAGGUUCACUGCAAGAGUUGUUCUAAGCCUCUCUGUAUUGAACACGACCUCCGCGGACUACGGCUGCGCAUCUGUGGCUACAGAGACCUUGCAUUUGAGAAGAUGACUAUCCAAAAUCGAGCUGCAGCUCAUCCAUCAUCUGAUGCGCCCUUGAGCCAACUCUCCGGCUACGAUCUCCCAUUUCGAACACAACGCCUCAUCGACUCAGCCAACAGCAGCUUCAUUGACGACCCACACGGUGACGGUGUUGCAGAUGAGCACUUCCACGAGCCCUCAAAUGGCGACGGGUCAAGCCAUCCUCUCUUCCCACGCAAUCCCACUCGCUCUGUCUCCGCCCCACCCUCUAAUCAUUCGGGAUCGUCAUCCCCGACGUCUGUCUCCUCCGAGUCACCCUUUGAGAUGCCCCGCUGGCAAGGAUGUCAAUCCUUCUUCUGCCCUCAAUACCGCGCCGUCGGGGAUCAGCGACAGAGAUGCCCAAGCUACCUCCGAGAGUGCAAGGCCUGUGCUGUCUACGAAAACUAUCUGUGCCCGAACUGCAUGAAAGUCCGUGCCCGUGACGGGACUUGCCGCCGCGAGGAGGAAGAGAAGGCGCGGAGGGACCGGAAGUGGAAAAAGGACAUGCAGGUGCUUGAGGGCAUCCUGGAACUCAAGGUAGCCAACGAAGUCGCCGAGUUCGCGGGCCAGUUCUUUGAUCUGGUCGAUCAAGGAUCCCAAAGUACGAUGGUUGCUGGUCUCCUUGAUAUUGACGAGCCCGAGGCAACCGCCGUACCCGGUCCUUCUCACAGCCCUCCGCCUCUUCCUCCUCCCUUGGACCUUCCGGUCACUCCUGGAACCAGCAUGUUUCUCGGAUCGAACCACGUUGGCCCGCUUUACGAGUCCGAAUAG